AAGAACAAGAGUAGUUUGGAGAGAAUUGAGUAUGAUUUGGCUAAGGCUCGAGUAGCUAUUCGUCAAGCUAUUGUUUCCAAAAGUUUCAACUCUGAUAAGAAUGAGAGCUUUAUACCAAGAGGUUCCAUUUACAGAAAUCCAUAUGCUUUUCAUCAGAGUCAUAUUGAGAUGGUGAAGAGAUUCAAAGUGUGGAGCUACAAGGAAGGAGAACGGCCAAUAUUCCACAUGGGGCCACUGAAUGGCAUCUAUGCAAUUGAAGGACAAUUCAUAGAAGAAAUAGAGAGUGAGAAGAGCCCUUUCAGGGCUAAACAUCCUGAGGAGGCACACACAUUUUUUCUGCCCAUAAGUGUGGCUCACAUCGUUAAGUUUAUUUAUAGUCCUAUCAUUUACCCAUCUGACUACCAUCGAGAUCGACUCUAUCGACUUAUGAAUGACUAUGUUGGUGUUGUGGCCAAUAAGUACCCAUUUUGGAACGCAACCAAUGGUGCUGAUCAUUUCAUGCUUUCCUGCCAUGAUUGGGCUCCUGAAGUAUCACACGAUAAACCCCAACUCUUCAAAGACUUCAUACGAGUCCUAUGCAAUGCUAACAUCUCAGAAGGGUUUCAACCCAAAAAAGAUGUCUCACUACCUGAAAUUUAUUUGAGGACAGGAACAUUGGGCCCAAAAAAUUUAGGCCAGGCUCCACACAAACGCACAGUAUUGGCAUUCUUUGCUGGUGGACUCCAUGGGUAUAUUAGAAAUAUGUUGCUCCAACAAUGGAAAGGCAAAGACAAUGAUAUCCAGGUCCAUGAGAAGCUUCCAAGUGGCCAAAACUACACCAAGCUAAUGGGAAAAACUAAGUACUGCUUAUGCCCAAGUGGGUACGAAGUGGCUAGCCCAAGAGUGGUAGAGGCAAUCAGUGCAGGGUGUGUCCCAGUCAUUAUCUCGGAUAGUUACUCAUUACCUUUUAGUGAUGUACUUGAUUGGAGCCAAUUUACCAUACAAAUCCCAGUCUCAAAAAUACAAGAAAUUAAGAACAUCCUAAGCGAGAUUCCAAAUGAUAAGUACUUGAGAUUAUAUAAUAAGGUUUCUCAAGUGAAGAGACAUUUUGUGUUGAAUCGACCAGCUCAGCCAUUUGAUGUGAUUCAUAUGGUGCUUCACUCAAUUUGGUUAAGACGACUCAACAUUUGA